CGGUACCGUAUCACGUCUCAACCUCUUUAUUUCCACACAAGUAUACUCAAACCCCUCUGGAUUUCAAUUUUAGCACUUGCGAUUUUGCAUGCAAUCGCUUCUCAAACAAGUCCCUGGGCUUCACAGAACCACACUCUCCUACUACUACUCUCAUCUUAUAGACCACUGUCUCUGCCUCAAAUCUCCAAUUCACGUCAAACUUAUCCACGCCCGGCUGGCCAAGGUGGGGCUCAACCGCCACACCUUCCUGGGGAAUCGCCUCCUCGAUGCUUACUCUCGCUUCGGCACGCUCCGCGACGCGUUGGUCAUGUUUGAUGAGAUCCAUUACAAGAACAUUGUGUCUCGCAAUAUUCUCUUGAAGGGUUUGUGCCGUUUUGGAGAGCUUGAGAGCGCGCGGAAGGUGUUUGAUGAAAUGCCUGAGAGAGAUGUCGUUGGCUGGAACUCGAUGAUCUCGGGGUACCUUUCGUGUGGACUGGUUGGUGAUGCAAUGGGGAUGUUUUCGAAAAUGCAGAGCUCCGGUGUGUGGCCGAGCGAGUAUACAUUUUCGAUUGUGAUGUCAGCUGUGUCGUGUGGUUGGCAUGGGAAGGAAGUUCAUGGUGGUAUGAUUAGAAAGGGUGUGGAUUUGUCGAAUGUGGUAAUUGGGAAUUCGUUGAUCGGCAUGUAUGGAAGGAGUGGUUUGGUGGAUUAUGCGUUCGGGGUGUUUUUGAGUAUGGAGGAGGUGGAUGCUGUUACAUGGAACAGUUUGAUUUGGAGUUGUCAUAGAGCAGGGUAUGAGGAAUUGGCAGUUCAGCAGUUUGUUCUUAUGAGAGGGACUGAGCAUUGUCCUGAUGAGUUUACGGUUUCUACUGUGAUCAAUGUUUGUUGUAACUUGCUUGAUUUGGGAAGGGAUUGGAGGAUGCAGUCCGGCUCUUUCAAGAGCUAAGCUGGUGGGAUUCGGCUGUUUGUAAUUCCAUGAUUUCGACCUAUGCACGGCAUGGUUCUGGUGAGAAGGCUGUGCUGCUUUUUGUGUGGACCUUGAGAAACAAUUUGAGGCCAACAGAAUUUACUCUUAGCUGUGUACUAAGCUGUAUGUCCACUUUUCGUCCAGUUGAGCAGGGAUUUCAAUUCCAUUCUUUGGUUAUUAAGUUAGGCUUUGAGUCAGAUGCUAUCGUCGCUAGUUCACUUGUUGAUUUUUACACUAAAGUUGGAUUAAUAGAUCAUGCCAUGAAGAUCUUUGCAAGUAUGGGGGUGAAAGAUUUGAUAUCUUAUAACACCAUGAUUAUGGGUUUAGUUCACAAUGGUAAAUUGUUUGAGACCAUGAACACAUUCCACGAAUUAGUUAGUGAAGGUUUGCCGGUGGAUGAUGUAACAUUUGCUGGAGUUUUAUUAGCUUGCACUUUUGGGAGCUUUGUGGACGAGGGUAUGUCAAUAUUUAGAUCCAUGGAAAAGGAAUAUGGGAUCAAACCUGCGGAAGAGCAUUAUACGUGCAUAGUAGACUUGUUGACUCAUGCAGGUAAACUCAAAGCAGCAAUAGAUAUAGUAGAAUCAAUGCCGUAUGAACCUAGUUCUGUUAUAUGGGAAUCAAUUCUUCUUGCUUCCGCGCUUCAGCCAGACAUUAAAAUUACUGAAGGAGUUGCAGAACUAAUGAUGACAUCAGAACCUCAGUCAUCUCUACCUUAUCUGGUGCUAGCUCGAGCAUAUGAAAUGAGAGGAAGAUGGGAAAGCUUGAUUCGAGUUAGAAAAGAGAUGAAACUUAAAGGCGUGAAGAAUGUGUUUGGAUGUAGUUGGAUUGAGAUACAUAAAAACGUAUAUACUUUCAAGGCAGACCAUUUACAGCAUCAUAGAAGCAAAGACAUUUAUAUGAUAUUGAGAUUACUGUUUUGGGAAAUGGAAGCUGAUAAUCACAUUCACAAUCUAACAACGUGAUGCAAAGAGGAGUGGUGAAAAGAAAUACAGUCAGGCUAAGUUUGGAUGAGGGCAUUGCAGAUUUCUAGUUAAGAGGGGAACAUAAGAUUACAAGUGCCACAUCAGGUAUCUUCCUUGUUCAGGAACAUGCCUUGUCCACCGUGAGUGCUCUGGCCUUCCCAAUGAUCAACUUCAAGCUAUGGGCCUAUGGCCAACUACCUGCAUGCCAGCGAAUGGAUCACAAGGAAUGUUACUCGCUACAAAUGGACGAUUUUAUAUCAAGGUUCUAUGUCUCACCACCAGAAUGUUAUUGAAAUCUGAUCCCCAGGUGUCCUCUGACAGAGAGGUAAUAGCUUGGGAGACUUCAACCACUGGAGUGAAGUAGAAAUAGUCACCAUCUGACCAUCUCAGAGAGGUUCUACUUGGAAUUGCAUGGGAGGCUGCUACGUCAAUUUGCAACAAUCCAACAGCUGAAAAGUAAUAAGUUCCAAAAGCCAAAGUUCAACAAGAAGUAACGAAGCAAAUCCCCUCUAGCGUCUAUUUCAAAAUUACCAUAUACAAAGUGUAAACCAUCUUCUCCUGUUUUUGUUCUACCCAUGUACAACCACCAUCACAAACUUUGAUUUUGCAUUCCCAAUUUUUAGUGUCUGAACCACCCGCAAUUUCAUUUUGCAUUCCCAUUUUGUAGCCUCUCUCUUUAAACAAGCCUCUCAAUCAUUGCAUCGUCUUCUUCAACCAAUGUUAGUUUUUCAUCUCUAAAACUUAACAUUCCUGCGUCCUUUCAGUUACCUAGUUUCAAUUCCAUAUUGCCUAUCCAAUUUUUAUCAAUAUGCUGGCUUUGAGUUCUUUGGUGGUGUGUCAAAUAUGAGGUGGAU